GCCCCUCUUCUCAGCUUGUGACUUGUCGCAAGGCUUCGAAAAUAUAGUAGGAUAAGGCCUGGCAAUACUGUCAGGACUUCUUCUAUCGACUCGCCAAUAUGGCAGCUUCAGAUGCUGCGGCGAAAGCCUUAGACGAUCUCCAUCUCUCAAAAACCAAAGAAUUGAAGGGUACUGAGAAAAGAGACUCUCUUAUUGCUGUCGAAAAGAAAUAUCAAAAGAAGUGGCAAGAUGAUGCGGUUUUCCAGCCAAAUGCUCCAAGCAUCACCGAUAUACCCCUCAGUGCGCUAUCGGCCAAGGAAGUCCGCGAGAAGCACCCGAAAUUUUUCGGUACGAUGGCUUAUCCAUACAUGAACGGUACUCUCCAUGCGGGCCACAGUUUCUCUGUCAGCAAGAUCGAGUUCACUGCGGGAUGGGCAAGAAUGCAGGGCAAGAGAGCUCUGUUCCCCAUGGGUUUCCAUUGCACAGGCAUGCCCAUUAAAGCCUGCGCAGACAAGCUUAUUAACGAGAUCAAGCUGUUUGGCAAGGACUUCUCUGGAUAUUCUGAGGAAGAUGAAGCCAGCGACAAGUUGAAGGAGAAAAGCCCGCCCGCACCAACCUCUGCUCGUGAAGAUGUCACAAAAUUCACAGCCAAAAAGGGAAAGGCUGCUGCAAAGGUCGUGAAGAUGAAAUAUCAGUUCCAGAUCAUGCGCGCCCAAGGCAUCCCAAAUGAGCAGAUUCACGAAUUUGCCGACCCAAGCCAUUGGCUGGACUUCUUCCCCCCGCUCUGCAAGCAAGAUCUUACCAACUUCGGCUGCAGAAUCGAUUGGAGGCGAUCCUUCGUCACCACCGAUGCCAACCCCUAUUACGAUUCAUUUAUCAGAUGGCAAAUGAACCGUCUUCGCGAACUGAAGAAAAUCAAGUACGGCAAGCGUUAUACAAUCUACUCUCCCAAGGAUGGCCAGCCCUGCAUGGACCACGACCGAAGUGAAGGCGAGGCCGUCGGACCACAAGAAUAUACAGCUCUCAAGCUGAAGGUGUUGGAAUGGGCACCAGAGGCGAAGAAGGCGGUCGCCGGUAAGCUGCCACAGGGGUCAGAUGCCUUCUUUGUGCCAGCCACUCUCCGACCAGAGACCAUGUACGGUCAAAACUGCUGUUUUGUAGGGCCCAAGAUUACCUAUGGCGUUUAUAAAGUGUCAGAGAAGGAGUACUAUAUCAUCACCGAGAGAGCUGCCCGCAACAUGGCGUAUCAAGGUGUGUUCCCGGUGAACGGCGUUUAUGAGAAGGUUGCGGAGGUUACUGGUGCGGACUGCGUUGGCACUCUUGUCAAUGCUCCGCUAUCUAUUCACACGGAGGGUAUUCGAAUCCUCCCUAUGGAUUCCGCCUUACCCACCAAGGGUACAGGAGUUGUUACCUGUGUACCUUCGGAUUCUCCAGAUGAUUUUGCCACGAUUAUAGAUCUAGCAAAGAAGGCUGAGUACUAUGGCAUCAAAAAAGAAUGGGCGGAGUUGGAAAUCUUGCCUAUUAUCGAUACGCCUAGCUUUAGCAACCUCACUGCUCCGUUCUUGGUUAAGAAGCUCAAGAUUGCCUCACCAAAGGACACAAAGCAACUUGAGGAGGCAAAGGAGUUGGCAUACAAGGAAGGUUAUUACCAAGGUACCAUGUGUUACGGUCCAUUCACUGGAGAAAAGGUCGAGGACGCGAAGCCAAAGGUCAGACAACAACUGCUUGACUCUGGUGGUGCCUUCGCCUAUUCCGAGCCAGAGAAGCGUGUUGUCAGCCGAUCUGGAGAUGACUGUUGUGUUGCGCUAAUGGACCAAUGGUACUUGGAUUACGGAGAGGAGUCCUGGAGGAAGGUUGCGCUUAAGCAUGUUGACAAUGCCGAUGGAAAUGGCCUCGAGACUUACUCGCAAGAGACAAAGAAUGGCUUCGAGGGCGUUCUCAACUGGCUCAACCAAUGGGCGUGCGCUCGUAGCUUCGGUCUCGGAUCCAAGCUCCCAUGGGACCCUCAAUUCUUAGUCGAGAGUUUGAGUGAUUCUACGAUUUAUAUGGCUUACUACACCGUUGCCCAUCUCCUCCACGGAGACAUCUUCGGCAAAACUCCAGGUCUUAUCAAGGACCUCAAGCCAGAACAGAUGACUGAUGAAGUCUGGGACUACAUCUUUGCCCGCCGCGAGGUUAGCGAAGAUGUUCUUCAGAGCAAGAUUUCCCUGGAAGGCCUGGAGACGAUGCGCAGAGAGUUCGAGUACUGGUAUCCUUUGGAUCUCCGAGUAUCUGGAAAGGAUCUGAUCCCCAACCAUCUCACUUUCUUCAUCUAUAUCCACAUCGCCCUCUUCCCUCCGGAAUACUGGCCAAAGGGUGUCCGUGCCAACGGCCAUCUCACCUUGAACGGUGAGAAGAUGUCGAAGUCUACCGGAAACUUCAUGACUCUCGACGAGAUGGUUAAGAAAUACGGAGCUGAUGCCAGUCGUAUCGCUCUUGCUGAUGCCGGUGAUGGAGUCGCCGACGCCAACUUCGAGGAAGAUGUUGCCGAUAACAACGUCCUCCGUCUGUUCACAUUAAGAGAGUGGAUCGAAGAGCAAGUGAAGGAGCAGGAGACCCUCCGCACUGGCGACAAGAACGACUUCCUCGACCGUCUGUUCGACAACGAGAUGAACGCCAUUGCCCGCGAAGCUAAGGGACACUUUGAUGACACCAACUACAAGCUGGCUCUCAAGUCUGGCCUCUACGACUUCAUCGGCGCCCGUGACUUCUACAGAGAGGCAUCUACCGCUGCUGGCAUCAAGAUGCACAAGGAUCUUGUCUUCAAGUACAUUGAACUCCAGGCACUUCUCCUCGCUGUCAUCGCGCCCCAUUGGUCCGAGUACAUCUGGCUCGAGGUCCUCAACAAGUCCGCAACUGUCCAGGAUGCUCUCUUCCCAGAGAUCCCAGCACCAGAUGCCAGUCUGUCCGCUAUGCGCGAGUACGUCCGUACCACGGCAUCCAACAUCACUUCAGCAGAGGCUGCUCAGCAGAAGAAGAAGGCAAAGGGCAAGGAUAUCAGCUUCGACCCCAAGAAGCCCAAGAAGCUUACCAUCUUCGCCGCGAAGAGCUUCCCCGCCUGGCAGGAGAAGUACAUUGAUCUCGUCCGCGAGGUCUUCGACCCCUCCACCAAGGCCUUCAACGACAAGGAGCUCACCCCCAGGAUCUCAAAGAUGGGAGAGAUGAAGAAGGCAAUGCCUUUCGUGCAGGGCCUCAAGAAGCGUCUCACCGGAGGAGAGAAGCCAGAGACUGUGUUUGACAGGAGAUUGGCAUUCGACGAAUCAAAGACGCUGUUGCAGAUGGUUCCUGGAUUGAAGAAGGCGGCUGGAUUGAAGAUAGUGGAUAUUGUCGAGGUUGCUGAGGGUGGGGCUACGGGCGUCCUGGUUGGUGGUGGGGAGGCUGCUUCCCUCCCGCCGCCUGCUGCGGGGGCUGUUCCUGGGGUCCCGACUUUUCACUUUGAGAAUGUUGAAGAAUAGAUUCUAGAUAUAAGCAAAGAGGUAGUGAGUAGUAGUAUAACGUAAAAGUUGUUUAGAUGCAGUCAUAAUUGAAUCUGUUG